ACGAGCAGGGCUGGCUGGUGCUCGCAUUGAAACAACGCGGAGAAAUGGCGUCGUUCGAAUGCAUCUUCACGAGUGACGGCGCCGGGCAGUUGUGGAACACUUGCGUGUGGGACGUCGUGUCGGCCUCGGUGCUGGCGCAGUACAAGGGAGGCACGAGCAGUCCGCGCACGCUGUGUCUCUUGGGCUCGGACUACGUCGUCAGCGCGCAGCACGACAAGCCGCUGCUGCGGGUAUGGUCGCUACAGCGGCGCGAUCAGAUUCAGCGACAAAUCGUGUGCCCCGGCAGGGUUUCAGCGUUGGCGGCGUCUCCGGACGGCUUGCACUGCGUGGCCGGAAUCGAAGACAAGAUAUAUCUGUGGCAGGUCUCAUCGGGCGACCUCCUCGCCGUGGUGAGCCGCCACUUCCAGGUGAUCACAUGCCUGCGCUUCACUGACGACGGUGGCCGCUUCGUCUCGGCGUCGCGUGAUGGCCAGGUGCUGGUCUGGGACCUGGCUGAGGUUGCCUGCACCAGCACACGGGGACCCGCCGAGCCCGUGCACGCAUGGUCACAGCACAGCUACGAUGUCACCGACGUCCACAUUGGUGCGCUGGGUGGGACACGCUGCUACACCUGCUCGGCUGACCAGACGUGCCGUGUGUUUGACAUUGACAGCGGUGAUCUGCUGGCCACCGUAGUGCUGGACGCCGCACUGACUGCGGUCGUAACAGAUCCCGCGGAGGAUCACAUCUUCGCCGGUUCCAGUACUGGAAAGAUAUUCGAGGUGACCCUGUACAAAUGGAACACGGGCAACAAGCGUCCGGAGGCAACAUUCCUCGGCCACGAGGGCAAGGUGACCUGCUUGGCGACGUCGCUGGAUGGCCAGCUGAUGGUGUCGGGCAGCGAGGACUGCACAGCACGAGUGUGGGAUGUUGCCUCCAAGCAGUGCAUUCACAUCCUGCACCACAAGGGGACAGUCACCAACGUGUUGGUGGCGCCGACGCCCGCGACGCUGACGUCCAUGCGGCCGUCGCCGCCUACGCUUCCGCUGGGCGUAUUCAAGCGCACCACGCAGGCCGCAAAGGACCCAAACGGAGUUCCCGUUCAUCUGGAAUCCGGUCUGGCGAGCAUGAGUCGCGAGGAGGAGGCCAGGCGAAAUGCGUUGCCGCACCUGGACUUGGCCGAGGCGCUGCUCUCAAUGUCUUCGUCAUCUGCUGCGGGCGAUGGGGAGGCAGAUGGUGACGAAGACGAGGGCAGCACCUUCGAGGACGAGGAGGAUUUGAGCAAGCAGGUAGCCUUGCUCAAGGAGGUGAACAAGCAGCUGUACAGUUACGCCUGGAACUGUGUUCUGAGGCAGCAGCAGACGACGGGAAGCGACAUGUCGUCGAUGUGACUCUGGGUUAUCGCUGUGUUUGUGGGAUUGGGGAAUAAACAGUGUGAUGUGUUAUAAUA